AUGGCUUAUGGGGAUGGAAGUAAAGUUAUCUGCAUUUAUAUGUUUUUUGGGUCUUGGCAUAAGCCUACUAUUAGAAUGUCAGUACUGGUUGUCGGUGAUUUCACUGAGUCGGUUCUAAGGAAUCUCAUUGCAUACGAACAAUCAGGUCAAACUCGUAAUUAUGUUACAUCCUAUGCCUAUGCCAUGUACAUGCUAGUGAAUAAUCAAGAAGAUGUUGCAAAGUUGGUAGACUCGGGAGUCCUUGUCAAUUAUAUGGGCUCAAAUGAAGAAGCUGCUAAUAUGAUCAAUGGCAUAUGUAAAGAAGUUGCAUGGGUGGAUUUCUUUUAUGUAAAACAAUGGAAAACAAUAAAUAUGUACUGCAAUGGUUACUGGCCAAAACAUAUAACAAGAAUGAGGAGUAUUUAUUUUAGUAGUCCAUGGAAUAUGAUUGCUCUACUUGCCGGAAUCAUCUUAUUUGCUCUAACUGUGGUUCAGACCAUCUUUACCAUUAAGUCUGCUGGAUACAAGUAA